AUGGUUUCUCAGAAAUCUUCACUUGUUUUGGCCAUCUUCUUCAUCUACGCUGUUUCGAUUUCAUCCUCGUUUCUCGCCAGAGCACAUGAAGAACAAAACGGAGACGAAGAAGAGAUGAGAAGCGUGGGGCGUAGAAUCCUUCUAGGUUACAAAGAAACAGCAAAAGGAAGCAACGUUACCUUCGAAUGCUCUCCUUCAGGUCCUUGUGUUUCCUGCGUUUCCUCCGAAAAGAGAAAAGAGAAAUAUCGUUGCAGUGAAACUGGUUAUCGAAUUCCUUUCAAAUGCAAAGAAGUUAGAGGAGAAGAAGCUUCACACAAGAAAAAUGAGGAAGAAGAAACAAAAAAUGGGGAAUCUAAUAACGUCGAUGAUGGUGACGAAGAAGUUGUUGCUUCAGAGAAACCGAGGAAUCUGCUGGAUGAUUCGCCGGCGGUGAAAGUAAACAAGUCACAGUCUUACAAAACUUACAGAAGCUGUGUUCCAUCUGCAAAUGAGGAGAAAGUAUCAGUUCUUGGUUUUGAGGCGUUUAUGUUCGGACUGUUACUGGUGAGCGGAUCUGCCAUAUACUACAGAAAGAAACAGACAGUACCAAUGCUUGGAGUCUCCUCCAAUGGAAGAUCACAAAGCAACUCUCGGUUUUAA